AUGGACGACUCGGGCAACGCUAUAAACGACAAUGCGUCGGACCCCAAUCUUAUCGAAAAGCUCCCUGAAAUUGUCAACAUCGUCGAGGAUGGAGAUUUGAUCUUGGAUGUUACUUUCGAGAACUCUAAGGAUACUAUUCGAACCGCACGAGCCGCUCAAUCCAAACUAUUAAGUCGGGACUCACAACCCGCACCAAAGAAGAAGACCCGCUUAGGUUUCCGUGUAAGCCUCAAAGCGCUUAAGACUCAGUCUAAGUACUUUGAGAGACUCCUCACUGAUAGUCGCUUUAAAGAAGCGAAAGAUAUAUCAAGCGCCUUUGCCGCGCUCUCGGUGAGAAAUUUCAAGCCUGAAACUGCUGAAGUUAAAGAACUUCCCUGGAUCAAAAUCCAAGAUGACGACCAGGCAACCCAAUACGCGCAUCGCGAAGGUGCAUUUGGCGAUCUUCUGCGAAUCCUUCAUGGCAAGGAAGUAGUCACAAAAUUCACCAUGUUCACCAUGCUAUUCGUAACUACAUUAGCUGUCUUAGCUGAUCGCUUUGACUGUGCAUCCGCGGUCUCGAAGUUUCUCGUUGCCGGCAUGAGGUUCAAAUGGCCCGUGACGAACCGUAAAUCUACUAGGGACGAGCCAUCAGUCAUGAGUCGUAGUAAUGAGGAUAUUCUACGGCAAAAGAUAUUCGUAUCGUGGCUAUUGAAUCAACCUGCUAGAUUUCAAGCGGCCACAAAGGAGAUUAUCAUGAAUGGUUCCUGUCGAUGGAGUUCGUUUGCUCAAGACGAUGAGUUUUCAGAUGCUACGUGGUGGUACUUGCAGGAUGGUCUUGAGCAAGAGCUGCAAUACCGCCGUCAAUGCAUCCUAAAUACGAUAGCCUCCGUUCAGCGGCACUUCAUCGCUCUCUACACGUCGCGCACACGGCAGUGUAAGCUUGGGUAUGAUUCGAGUGCAGCUUGCGACUCAUACCAGCUAGGCGAGAUAUUCAAGUUUCUAACAAAUAAGAAUCUCAUGUUCCUCGUCGACUUCUCACCGGCAUCUCUCGAUUCCAUCGCGGAUACCUCCUUACUGCAGAUCGACACCGUGCUCGCCACUCUGCGUCAGUUCUCCAGCUACCAGAUCGAUAAGCACCAUACCAACUGCGGAAUGCGUACGCGUAUCCUGCCCAUCCUAGAUUUCAUACUAGGCCUAUUAUCAGCAAACUCUGUCCCCAUAACCAGGAACACCUGGAGGAGUAACCGUCAGGCGGUCGCCUGGAUGCCGCCUGAUACCGAGGGUAAGGACAAACCGGAGGCGACGCCGUUCCGAUUUACGAGGUCGCUGGCGGGAGAUCAGCGGUUGCGCUUCGAGAACGCAUUGGGCGCGGAUAAGUUCGCUAAGGAUGUGUUUACGGCGCCGAGCUGGGAUUGGACGGCGGAGGAUCAAGUCCACGAUGAUCUCCCGUCUACUACUCCGAGGUGGAGUUUGAGAUAA